UUCUGUUAAAGCGCCCUUGUAAUGUUUACUUCUUAUGAACAACGGCGCGUCCUCCUCGGUUAACACUAUUGGAUCAGAUACUGUAUCAAAUGACGCAUACAUCUUUUUGUCAGCCAGCUAUACGUUAAAAACACGGAAUCCUAUCGGCUGCGAGCGCGAUCUGGAGUAUUAGCGGUUCAUCCUGCGCCAGAGCUCUGUGUUCAUGAUGGCGAUGUUCCGCAGUUUUGUGUCCGCCGCUCAGAUCAGGCAGCAUCAGCAGCAAAACGGAGCCGCUGCAGCCGCACCUGGGGAGAGUCUGGAAAGCCAGUUCUCCUGUCCCAUCUGUCUGGAGGUGUACCACAAACCUGUCAGCAUCGCAAGCUGUGCCCAUACUUUCUGUGGGGACUGUCUACAGCCGUGUCUCCAGGUGACCUCACCUCUCUGUCCACUCUGCCGCAUGCCUUUCGAUCCAAAGAAAGUGGACAAAUCCUCCAGCGUGGAGAAGCAGCUGUCUUCAUAUAAGGCACCCUGCAGAGGGUGCACCAAAAAAGUCACCCUGGUCAAAAUGAGGUCACAUAUCUCAUCUUGCACAAAGGUUCAGGAACAGAUGGCCAACUGCCCAAAGUUCAUGCCUGUGGUCCCCACCUCACAACCCAUUCCCAGCAAUAUUCCAAAUCGCUCCACAUUUGUGUGCCCUUACUGUGGCGCUCGCAACUUGGACCAACAGGAACUCGUGAAGCACUGCAUGGAAAACCAUCGCAAUGACACCAACAAAGUGGUAUGUCCAGUAUGUUCAGCUAUGCCGUGGGGCGACCCCAGUUACAAGAGCUCCAACUUCCUGCAGCAUCUUCUCCACCGGCACAAGUUCUCUUAUGACACAUUUGUGGACUACAGUAUUGACGAGGAGGCAGCACUGCAGGCAGCUCUGACCCUCUCGCUGUCCGAGAACUGAGUCUGACAUCACAUCCUGUUCCUCAACCACCGCCAUGUGACGGAUUUCCCACCUGUCUUGUUUUAGGCUAAAUAUUCUCAUUGUUUCUCCAUUUCUCCUCUCACUCUACCUCUCUUCUGCUCUGUAUUUCAGAGCUACACCCCUGAUAGAUCCUGAAGCGGCUCUUUACCUUGUUUGUCAGUUCAUCAUGACACUUGAGCAAGUUUGUCACUUCCUGUACUGUAGGUGGACUGGAUUCUGCUUAUGUAUCAUUAUCAUAACCACCAAAACAUUACAUGUAUGCAAAAAGACAGAAAAAGGAAUAGAUAACGUUGUGUUUGUUUUAAUUCUUCCCAAUUUUUCUCUCUUCAAAUGUACAGACAGCACAGAAAGACUGGCAAUGCAUUGUAAUUCAGUACACACACACACACACACACACACACAUAUAUAUAUAUAUAUAUAUAUAUUUGGCCUGUCAAUCAAUUAAUACAAUUUUAUCAAAUUUAUCACAUGAUAUGACGAAUAAUUAAUCAAAUUCAUCUCAUAAAUAAAUCUUUGUUAAGAAAGACCCUCAAAUAACUAUAAUUCAAUAUAUUAUCAAAUAAUUAUAAAUUACAUUUAAAUAAUUUGAAAUAUAACACAUAAAAAUAAUAAUUUAAAUAAUUAAAAUGCAUUAUAUUAAUGCUGCAGAUGAGUAAAGCAUUAAUUUGACAAAAAGUGGCUUUAAAAGGCAACAUAUUUAUUUCCAUAUUAUUCAGCAUAAGCCUAUCAUUGGCCUACAGUCCACAGCAAUCCAUUUUGCAAUUGAAUUUGUCAAUCUAUCUGAGAUAUGAUAUUAUGAGGGCUUUUCUAAGGAUGCGUUAAAGUACACAUGCAUCAGACAAAUGCUUUUAGAGCACUUUGGUUGCGUUGCAUCAUAAACGGUGUUUUUAGGUUGCUGUUUCAAGUUACACAGUUUGAAACUUAGAAAAACUUGCCUUCAGAUUCCUGCAUUCGGAAUAGCGUUCCUUCCAGCUUUGCUUGUUUUUGAAGAUAAGAAUACAAGCUCAUCUAGUGCUGUCGCUGGUGUCAAGCAAGCCCGACUGUGGUUUGUUCUCUGUACAGCUGCCCAUUGCCUAUACAGCUGGAGUUUCGCUUACUGACUGCCCCCUGCUGAAAACCGGUGGUACUUCAAGCUUUAAUUUCUCUGGUGGUAGCAAGUUUCCUUAUUACGGUCCAGGCACAUGAUUAAUUGCAUACAUUUUUGUAAUGCAUUAUUUUUUUAUAGAAUUAAUUGCACCAAAUUAAUGCAUUAAAUUGACAGCCCUAUAUACAGUGUGUGUGUGUAUAUAUAUAAUAUAUAUAUAUAUAUAUAAAAUAUUUUUGAGGUAUUGUUCACCCCAAAAUUUAUAACUGCUAUUUUUCUUCCAAACCUGUAUGACUUUUUACCGUAGAGCCCAAAAGCAGUACAAUAAAAAUGAAUGGGGACUGGGUCUAUCAAGCUACAGAAUGAAAGUAAAAGCACCAUAAAAGUAGUCUGUGCUAUAAUUUAGUGUCUUUUGAAGCAAUAUAACAGCUUUCUGUGAGGAUCAGGAAGAGCACAGGGGAAAUGUUAUUAGUGAAUAAUGACUUAAAUUUCAGCCUGUUCAUCACACAAAGCUAUCGUAGUGCUUUAGAAGAAAUACAGCACGCAAAUUGGUUUAUGGACUACUACCUUUUAUUAGAACAAUUUAUUUUGUCAUUAUAUUAAAAUUCACCUUUUCUGUUUCAUGGAAUAAAGUUAGUCAUAUUGGUUUGGAACAGCAUGAGGGUGAGUGAGUGAUAACAGACUCUUUAUUUUGUCUUUUCUAUUCCUUUGAAAACUAAAAAUAGAGGUAUGUUUGGGUUGGCUGUCCUUGUGAUGGACUCUCAUCUCUAGGCAAUACCAAUACAGUACAGAGAGAAUGAGAGACUUCUUCAGUAAUCUCGUUGUUUCAUUUAUGGAACGCUAAAACCCUUCAAACCCCCUUUUUUUUAAUCAAGAGUUAUUGUGAAUAUCCGAACUCAUAGUUUUCUACAUGUCUGAAUUGUUGUUCUUUUAUAGUUCAAUAACAGCAUACUCUGCUCUUGCCACGGUAAUAUUUUGUAUGAAGCGUCAGAUAUUUUUGGAUCAUUUAUAUGGUGCACUAAUAAUAAGACGGCAGGCUUCUAGAGAUGUGCUAAAAACAUGUUAUCUUUUAAUGUGUCCAUUGGUUCUGUUCAUCUGUAUCUGUCACUAGUGCUGCCUUCAAGUCUUCCUGGAAAGUUCAGAAAUCGUGAUUACGACGUGACGUGCGUUGAAGUUAUUUUGUUCUGAUUAAAUUAAACACAUGGGGCAUUUUCAUAUUUAUAUCAGUUUUUCCUUUGCUAACAAUGAAAGGAAGCUUUUAAAGUGCUAGUGCAAGAAAAUGAACUACAAAUGAUUCACAUUAGUUGGUGUCAGAGAAUGCAUGAAGAGAAAUGUGUUGUCACGCUAACUUCUCAUCUCAUUAACCAGCUAAAUGAGUCGUACUGUCUGGAAAGCGUCAUCGCACGGGUCCAAAAUGAACCAAAUCUGUGUAAAAUGAAUCGAAUUUUAUGUUCUUUUAAGUAUUUGUCAAGUCAUUUAAAUUGUUGUUACUUGCAAAUUGGCUGGUAACUUUUUUUUUUUUUACUGGUUUAUAUAAAAAUUAUAUGUGGUUGAAAUAUAUGAACAACCCUUGCUGAUGUAAACAAAUCAGAUCAAAGAAAUAUAAAUGGUCGACUACAGAAAAGCUCACACAUCCUGUAACAACUUUUACCUCAAUUAAAAUAAGAUUACCAUCAAACGUUGCGUUAGCCAAAACAUUUUGCCGUAGCUCCAGAACUGUAUCUUGUGACAUUCUUGACUUUUGAGAACCCAAAAAUGUUUAGAAAUAUUUAUGGCUGGAAAAGUUUCUCAGUACAUUGGCAAGAGUGGCACUCUGGUUACCGCUGUCCCAUCAACGGUACACAAAAUGCAUACAAACUAAAUUGUACAAUCAACAUUAACAAUUGCACCUUCUGAUCAAAACUUAUUAGCUUCUGUCACGAUCCUUUAAUUGAGUUUCGCACUGGUAAUUACAACAUUCAUUUCCGCUCAUCUUGUAAAUAGGAUCAUUUCGGCAUGACUUGAAGGCAGCAUAGAUAUGUGGAAACUUGAGAACUUCCCAACGGGAAGUGGAACAGUGUGCAGUUGCUAAACGUGACCACUAGAGUGCAAAUUUAACUUCUUUUAAGUUUCUACUACUGGUGGGUACUUUGUAAGUGUUAAACCCAAAUCUCUGUACAGUGUUAUGACCACAGAUGUGUAGAGGAGGAUCGGCAUGAUUGGGUUAGGUAUUUUGUUUAGGAAUCUGAUAUUCCACUUUAUACAGAUACCUACAAGUUAUUUUCUCAACGGCUGAGUGUAAGAUGUGCCUGGAGCUGACAGUUAAGGCCAAAACGUACUCUACGCAAGAACAUGAACGCAGAUGCGAGCGCUUGUCAACCACAUUGUCCGGUUAUACAAACUGUCACCGUCGCAGGAGGAAAGCCUCCGUCCUCAAGGGGGCGAUAGAGUUACCUUCAAAAGUCUGUGCCAUUAAACUUAUUCUUCAAGUAAGUUGCUAUACAUAUAUUGCCUUUAAUUAACCUGCACAGCAAUAUUUUUUCAAACUUUUGCUUCGCCAUGACAGUAGCUGGCUUGAAAGUGAAAACUCAUCGUAGAAGUAGACAAAUGGUCUGCACAUAUAGCGCUUUUUACCCUUAGCGGUUUUCAAAGCGCUUUACACAGUGACUCAUUCACCCAUUCUCACACACACUCACACACCAAUUACAGCAGAGCUGCCAAGCAAGGCGCUAGCCUGCCAUUGAGAGCAACUUGGGGUUCAGUGUCUUGCCCAAGGACACUUUGCAUGUGGAGUCAUGUGAGCCGGGAAUCAAACCACCAACCCUGCGAUUGGUGGCCGACCCGCUCUACCACCUGAGCCCCAGUGUGACUACUCACACUAAUCUAGCAACCUGCUAUAGCUCUCCUUGCAGCAAUGAUGUUUAUACAUCCAUCUGCAUUGUUUUUAAGAUUUUGCAGAUGUGAACAUGCACUAGACGGACAUCUUUGACUGUUGCGCCGCAUCUCACUGUUUUUCCAGCAUCUCGUGCAUGAGCACGUUUUUAAGAUGCCGUGUCAUGUUAUAAAGAGCUUCACAUUUUAAAAACAGGAACGCAGUGAUGAAUAAUGUCGAGCUCACAAAGCUAGAGGCAUUUGCGAUUAUGUACAGUAUUUGCGUUGAGUAUGUUUUGGACAUAUUAGGAUACGCUCCAAGCAUCUGUAUUUUCCUUUUCUUUCUUUAAAGCGCUCAUUACAGAGCACUAGGGCAGAUAUGUUUGAUGCUGGUGCAUCAUUUUCCAUUUGAUAUAGCUUUGGAAUCUUUGUCAGGAGGUUUUGAUCUUGGCAGAAGACUGGAAGACCAUCAGGUCUGGUUGAGAUACAGUGUUUUUGAAGUUAAAAUCGUUUUUAUUAUUAUUUAGAAAAAUAUGAUGUUUUGCCUUGUAAUACAGUGUUGUUAAGCUGUGUUGAAUAAGAGAGUGUUUGUUUAAUCUGUCUCCCAUAAUCUUAAUUCCAUUAUGUGGAUUAUUUCAUCAAGGUUAAGCGUGUCACAAUCAUAGUCUCAUCUGAAACUCUGUGGCCUGGAAUUAAAUCGGUUAGAUUUGAGUGACGGUCCACUGUUGGAAUGACUGAAGUUGGUAGGAUGGAACAUUUGUAAACUGACAAAUGAGAAAAGUCAUUCAUUUUCAUAAAUAUCUUGCUGUCUGUUUCUAAUCAUUAAGAUGGUUUUAAUGUGUAAUCACUCAGAGUGAUCAUUCCAGUAUGGUUUUCUUAAAAGCCAUAGUAGCGUUCUUAUUGACUGAAGCGUGAUGGAAUAAACCAAUAAGCGAGAAAAGCGAAUUCUCGUUCAUGUUGGCCUAACCCAGUGGUUCCCAACCCCGUUCCUGGAGGCCCCAACACUACAUUUUGUAUAUUUCCCUUUAAGGACAAACCCCAUUGAAUCAGGUGUGCUUGAUUGGGGAAAUAACCAAAAUGUGUAAUGUUGGGGUGCCUCCAGGAACAGGGUUGGGAACCACUAGCCUAACCAGUCGCGCCGAGACAUUCACAAAGGCUUAGUUUGGAAUAGCAUACUACGAUACUACUUUUACUGAUCCUGCCAUACAUAGACAUGGCAGAAAUGGUAAAAGAAGAAGAAGAAGUAGUAGUGUGCUAUUCCGAACUUAGCAUAGGAUUGUUUUUCUGUCCCAUGGCACUUGUUAGCUCCACCCACAAUGAAAUCUCAUUGGCCCAAAAUAUCACUUAAUGUAACUGUAUAUUACUGUUGCGUUCAUGUCAUGGUGGAUUUACUGAAAUGAUGAGUUUUCAACUAGGAAAAAACAUUUGCGUCGUUUUCGAAUUCAGAAUUAGCUUCGUAAAUAGCUUCAUCAAAUAUUUUCUGAUUGGCUGUGACUGUCACAUCGCACAGCAUUUUCGCUUUCUGUGUUGGGUCGCGCCUGGUUAGGACAUGGUGUUAGAUAUCAUGUUUUUCGGUGUACGUUUGUACUCGACAUUGGGUGAUUUAAAAUUGUGUAAGGCCUUCUGUGUAUUUAGGAAUGUCCUUGUUGGUAUUUAUUAAGAGAGACUUGAAUAUACAUUGAGUAUCAGAGGUUAAUGCUUCUGUUUUGGGGUUUAUUGUACAUAAAUUGGCAAGACUUUAAAGGGGAUUGCCACGUUUUGUGGCAUAUGUUGACAUUCGUUUUUUUUUUUUUUUUUACUGAGAAGCAUGUUUUAAA